CCCGGUCGUAUCGGGUCCCAUCUCUCUUGCAUGGCGACCCUUUUUGAGGAGCAACAGCGACAUCAAAUUCAAAGAAGAGGAAAGAAAAUACGCGAAAUGCUCUUGUUCUAGCAUCCGGCAUCUGGGUGAUCUGAAACAGGAUUUAAAGAAUACAGAGGAGAGGAGAGAUGCAGUGAUGAUUAUGAUGUUCGGGAGAGGCGUUUGGAGUACGGCCUCUACAACCUCAAUCACAAUUAGAAGAGCUUCUUCUUUGCUGUAUUGCCUCUCGUCUUCUUCCUAUUCUGCCAUAGCUGGCAGUGCUUCUGCAGCUGCUGCUACUGCUCGUAGUGUUGCAAGCGAAGGACUUCUAUUUGCAGACUCACCUCCACCGCCUAAGACUCUGGUUCCAUCUCUACUUCAGCCACGAGUCGUGGUUUAUGAUGGGGUCUGUCAUCUCUGUCACAGGGGGGUGAAGUGGGUGAUCAGAGCAGAUAAGUAUAGGAAGAUCAAGUUUUGUUGCCUUCAGUCCAAGGCUGCUGAACCUUAUUUGAGGCUUUGUGGUGUUGAUCGAGAAGAUGUUCUCCGUCGAUUUUUGUUCAUUGAAGGCCCGGGUUUAUACCAUCAUGCCUCAACUGCUGCACUAAAAGUUGCAUCUUACCUGCCAUUGCCCUACUCCGCUUUAAGUGCAUUGUUGAUAAUUCCGACCCCACUGAGGGACAUUGUCUAUGACUAUGUUGCCAAGCAGCGUUAUGACUGGUUUGGGAAGGAAGAAGAAUGCAUAGUUUUGCAAGAGAAGGAGAUGCUGGAGCGUUUCAUUGACAGGGAAGAACUGAUGGAUAGGAAUUAACCACAUUUGCAAAGAGAAUCAGGUGGUGUUUCAUCCGCAAGGAGGAAAUGAUGUAUAGAAAUCAUAUAGUUGUUACAGUAACAUUUUAGUGUUCUCUAAGUUUUCGAGACAUGAUUUUGCUGUUCUUUGCUACUAAAUAUAAGAGAACGUGCACUUUCUGGAGUUUACUAAAAAAUGUACUUCAUUUGAGGUAGAGAAAUAGUCCCGUGUAUACAUAUUUCACAUUCAUACUAUGGGCUAUGAAGAAACAGGUAGUGUUGAGUGUUGAACCUCAACUGCAAGUUUUGAUUUUUGGCACCUAAAAGCAAUCUA